UUCUGACAGAACAGCUUUGUUUUUCUUUCACUUCUCUGCAACACAAACAUGUUUCCAGUAAAACAGAUUUAGUAAAACCAAAUGGGUUAUGUCAAUCAUACAUCCUGAGCUAACUCCGACUCUUAUAAUGCGUAUGAAUAACAUGGUGAAAAUAUGGUAAAAUGGUAAAUAGCCUGUACAUGAGAUGUUCUCAACUCUAGUAUUUGAAUCAAAGUAUUGCUACUCAUGAUCAACUCUUACUCAACUAGUAAACAUUGCUCAGUAAGAGGUUUAAUCAAGUCAAUGUACUAAAGUACUUUUGAAAAUACUCUAGUAAUCAAAAAUUACUAAUUAUAUUUUCUAAUAUUAUUCGUACAGAACCUUGUAACUUCCUUAAACCACCUGAUGAUGUAUUGACAUGUAGAACCACCACAAAACUUCAACACCACCUGCAAAGACAUCAGCAUAGAAAUGCAAUAAAAAAAAUGACAGCUAAUUUAUUUCUUCCUUUUUUGUUUUUUUUUUACAUUUGAAGGCUCAGUAUUAUUCAAAACUGACAUUUUGAAUAGAAUAGAAUAGAAUAGAAUAGAAUAGAAUAGAAUAGAAUAGAAUAGAAUAGAAUUGAAUAGAUAUUUCUCUGGCUGAAGGUGCUCCUGUGUCUGGCCAGCAGAUCAGUGGAUGAGACUCGUUGUCCUUCUUUCUGACACUGCUGUCAAUUUCCAGCUCCACUCCAAUGACAUUUCUGGCAUUGUGGAUCAGUCUGUUUAGUCUCCCCCUGCCGCUCCAGAACACCACAGGACAUCACUGGCAACCACAGAUUCAUAGAACAUCCUGAGCAAGGGAAACUCAGCCGCCUCAGAAAGUAGAGGUGACUUUGGCCCUUCCUGUACUGUACAUGGCAUCAGUGUUCUUAACCCGGUCCAGUUUAUUAUCAGUGUGGAGUCCCAGAUAUUUAUAGUUCUCCACAAUGUCCACACUGACCCCCUGGAUGGUAAUAGUGGUCACUGAUAUCCUGGUCCUCCUCCUCAGAUCCACCACCAGUUCCUCGGUCUUUGACACAUUGAGCUGCAGAUCAAGCUGCCACUGAAUAUUGAAAUCCGAUGCAAAGAUAAGUCGGCGUCUCAUUGUGUCACCGCUACUCCGCUUUGCAUCGUUUUUUUUAUUCUCUCUUUGCUGCUGCGUCUGACCAUACCCAAUGCCAAUCAGUGAAGAGAAGCUAAGCUUGAGUCACCGAGUUGGCCCUACUCCGAAGAAAUCACCUAGAAAACAAGGCCAGCCUUGAAAAAAGGUCAGUGGAAAUGCUCACAAAGCGAGCCGAGUGCAGUCGAGCCGGGACCAUUAGAGCCAGUGGUGUCAGGGUUCCUGUGUGUGUGAGUGAUGCAUCUUUUCUAGUGAAGAUCUUGGUGGAGUACCUGGGCAGCCAACACAUCAUCAGCCUUGUCAGACUGCUGGGAAUAAAAGAGCAGCAGAGCCUCGACUCAGUGCUGGAUGAUUAAUAUGUAGUCAGCUGUUACAAACAUUUGAUCUGUCUCUUGGGCAUUUACCAGAAGUUUUUUAGUCCUUGUGUUUGCUACCUCUAGGUUUGUCUCACUGGAUUUUCUAAGGAUCACUUUGACUGUUUCUUCCUGUGGAUCCUACUUGCAAGUUAACUACCUGCCUGCUCCACCAUUCCUCAUUUCUCCACCCCACUCCAUCAGACCUCUGGCUCUCUGUGUCACCACCUUCCUCUCACUUGCCUCAGGAAUUGCCAUCAACCAUUCUCCACACAGGACCUUGUCCACCUUUGCUCCACGCCUCACUCUGAAUCAUUCUACACUCCCAACAUGAGAAGAAUCGUGAUCCUUGGAAAAACUGGAUCUGGGAAAAGCAGUGUUGCAAACACUAUAUUUGGGGAACCACAGUUCACCGUCUGCCAUAAUUCCAUCUCUGGUACAAGUUUAUGUGAAGCAAAAACUCAAUCACUAAAUGGAGGACAGAUCACUCUGAUUGAUACGCCUGGAUUCUUUGAUACAAACACACCUGAAGAAAGACUAAGACCUGAAAUAGUGCAGUGUAUCACAGAGUGUUCACCUGGUCCGCACGCUUUCCUCAUUGUGCUAAAACUAGAAACAUUUACAAAGCUGGAAAAGAAGAUAAUCAAACAAAUAAACAAGUACUUCUCUGAAGAAGUGUUCAAUUUUGCAACAGUUGUUUUUACUCAUGGAGAUGAUCUCCAAGAAGGGCUGAAAAUCAAAGAUUUUGUGAGCCUAAAUAAGCAUUUGCGUGCAUUAGUGAAAAAAUGUGGUGGCCGGUGCCAUGUGAUAGAUAAUAGAUACUGGAACAAUCUCCCAGGUGAUCCAUACAGGAGCAACACCCACCAGGUGGAAGAGAUACUGAAAUCAGUUGAAGAGAUUGUGAAGGCAAACAAUGGAAACUGCUACACAAACGAGAUGCUGGAAAAAGUGGAGAAAAUGAUACAACAGGAAGAGGAGCUCAUUGCACAAUCCUCAGGAAACAUGUCAAAAGAAGAAAUCAGGCAGGAAGCUAAAAGCAGAGCGUGUGAUAUUUUAAAUAAAGCAGUGGGUAUUACAACAGGUGUACUGCUGGGAGCACUUUUUGGUGCAGCUGUCGCUAUUGGAGUAGAUGUAGUAGCAGCUAAAACUGCUAGCAUCAAAGCAGAAGCAAUAAGAGGAGUGAUAGCAACAGUAUUAGCUCCAGCACCAGCGGCAACAUCUGGUGCUGCAGCUGGAAUUGCUGGCAUCAAAGUAGGGCCAGCAGCAUUGGGUGUAGGUGCAGCUGCUGGAGCAGUGGUUGGUGCAUAUAAAGGAUAUAAGGCUGCAGAGGAAUCAGAAACACCAUGGGAAGCAGCAAAGAAGACGGCAGAAUCUGUGCGUUCUACAGCAAAAGAUGUGUGUUCUUCAGUAGAAGCUGUGCGUUCUUCAGUAGAAGAUGCCAAAAGACAAGUCAAAAAGUUCAGCGCAGAGUAUCAAAAUUAAUUUUUAUAAUGAAAAAAAAAUCUAAUUCUUGUGUAGACCUUAGUCAAAUGUAAAGAUCCCAUAAAUUAUCACAGAAUUCCAAGAAAAAGUUUUCCUUUCCAGUUUUCUAAAGCUGCGGUUUUGUUGUUGCUUGAAAAGAUUUCAUGUCGUUUCUGAGUUAAUCAUCCAACAACUGAAAUAAUUAGAAAUUGUAACAAUGCUUGUAAUUCUGCUCAUUAAAAUAAUCAUCCUUCCAGAGGUAACCCAAGCUUUCUAUCACUUGAUCAUAAAAUAUAUCAUGUGUGUUUUAAUAGUUUAAUAUAUUAUUUACUCUGAUAACAUUUGACAUGAGAAUUAUUAUUUGUACACUGAAAUUAUAAAUAUUUUAUAUCUAUAUACUUAUUUUCCACACUGUAGUCCUUCAUGUCUUCAUACAUUUACCAGAGAUAUAAUCAUCAUUAAUGUUAAAACUGUAUUUCUGU